GCCAUCUUGACUAAGUGGUGAUAUCGAAGUUGGAAUUUUCUCAAUAUCGCAUAAUUACUUACUUAAAUCUGUGAUGCACUGUCGUUUUUAGUUCUUAGUGAAUUGCUAUAAUUGCAACGCUUAUUAUAGUCGAGUGUAUAAAUUAGGAAUUACAUUUCUACGUGAUAAACUUUCUAGUUUUGUGUAAGCCGAAGUCAGCGUGGCCAGUCUUUGUUUCUUGCUGCAGUCAAUAGGGUGCGGGAUGGUGGCGGCCGCGAGUGAUGCGUGCUAGUGUUGUGCGUGUGUGAGUGUGGACCAUGGACAAACGCAAGAUGAUGCCUAAGAGGCCGCGUAUGGACAACCUGAGAGGACCGAUCGCCAAUGGUCCCAUGCAGACGAGACCACUGGUGGCGCUGCUGGACGGCCGCGACUGCAGCAUAGAGAUGCCUAUACUCAAGGAUGUAGCAACUGUCGCCUUCUGUGACGCUCAGUCUACCUCAGAGAUACAUGAAAAAGUCCUAAAUGAGGCAGUAGGAGCUCUUAUGUGGCACACCAUAAUUUUAACCAAGGAAGACCUUGAAAAGUUUAAGACACUCAGAAUCAUAGUUCGUAUUGGAAGUGGAGUUGACAACAUAGAUGUCAAGGCAGCAGGAGAGCUGGGCAUUGCAGUAUGUAAUGUCCCAGGCUACGGUGUAGAAGAGGUUGCUGACACAACGCUGUGUUUAAUCCUCAACCUGUAUCGCCGCACCUAUUGGCUGGCCAACAUGGUGAGGGAAGGCAAGAAGUUCACAGGGCCAGAACAGGUUAGGGAGGCUGCCCAAGGCUGUGCUAGGAUACGAGGGGACACACUAGGUAUCGUCGGUUUAGGUCGAAUUGGUUCUGCAGUUGCCCUCCGAGCGAAAGCCUUUGGUUUUAAUGUCAUAUUUUACGACCCUUACCUGCCUGAUGGAAUUGAAAAAUCAUUGGGUUUAACUAGAGUAUAUACAUUACAAGACCUACUGUUCCAAUCAGACUGUGUGUCACUGCAUUGCACCCUCAAUGAGCAUAACCACCAUCUCAUAAACGAGUUCACCAUCAAACAAAUGAGGCCAGGUGCUUUCCUAGUGAACACAGCCAGAGGUGGUCUGGUGGAUGAUGAUGCACUAGCUGCAGCUCUGAAACAGGGCAGGAUCAGAGCGGCUGCAUUAGAUGUCCACGAGAACGAGCCGUACAACGUCUUUCAAGGACCUCUAAAAGAUGCUCCGAACCUGUUAUGUACGCCGCAUGCCGCAUUUUACUCAGAUGCGUCAUGUACAGAGCUGCGGGAAAUGGCAGCAUCAGAAAUUAGGCGAGCGAUCAUUGGUAGAAUUCCGGACUGUCUGCGGAAUUGUGUGAACAAAGAGUACUUUCCCAGCGGAGGUGUGGGUGUGGGUGUAGGCUACCCGGUGGGUGGAGCCGAGGGUAUGAACGGUGGCUACUAUGCUGCAGGCGGGGGUGCUGUGGGGGCAGCUACAGGAGCGGGGGCACUGCCAGUGCAACAAGCACACUCCACCACUCCUCAUGAGGUGCCACACUCUGUGACAGCACCACCUCCUCCUCAACCACCACCUGUCACGCAACCCCCCGGUAUCCCUCACUCCAUGGUCAGUAGUGAUCUGAGAUCCCUAACUACGGCUGACCCCUCCAACCACCACGCCGUUAAGCCCUCUGUCGAGUCAUCGGAAGUGCAUUAACCCUCUACAGAUGACAGUGUUUUGGUUUCUCUCAGUACAAAGUUAAAGAAACUCCCCCUGUAUCAAUCAUAGGUAAAUCAUCUUCAUUUCUGUCAAUUUCACAACAAAACAUUUUCACAUUUUUUACUGAAAGUUUUUGUUAGACAACGUUUAAAAAUACAGUUUGUAAUGCUAAAAGAGAGCAUGAGAGAUGACUUUGAACAAAGUUUUUUUUUCAUCUUCUCUUGGAACCUGAUAUUGCCAGAAACGAAGAGUUGCCAAUGAAUUGUAAGAUGAACAUAGGACUUUAGAUAAUAUAGAUGUCGUGAAUGUGUCUUGCCCUGUUUAUUUGUUCGUCACUCGAGAUUCUCAUUGACUCAAAAGUGUGGACACUGAUUAUGUACAGUGCGUGAAAAUAAACGAGAUUCAAUUUACGAUUGUAAUAAACUGAUUAUUACAGAGUCAUUGUAAAUAGCUCAUUUUGUCUAGGUAACUUUUAUUUUUUUAGAUAGAUUACAAGCUUCUUUUUAUUAUUAUUAUUACAGAAGGCUUUUUAAAUAAUGUUCGAUAGUGAUUGUAUAUUUGAGAUUCUUUUAUUAUUGUGUCAAUUUAUUGCUGUAUUAUUUGUACCACUGUAUAAUUUUUAAAGAUUUAUAUUUGUAAUGAUGUUGUGACUCCCUUUUGAUUAUUGUACAAAAGAGUAUCAAAAAUAUUAUCAGGUUGAAAUUGUACAGGGUCACACUAUUAAAUCUGUUUCUUUACAGAUAGUACUGUUUAGGACUUAUUUGUAAUUUUGUACUAAUUUUAGCUAUGGUAUUUAAUAUUUAUAUUUUCUGCCAAGACUCAUAUGUAACCAAAAAUUGAACAGACAAGCAUUUUGUUUUAGCUCAGCUAUCAAAAUGCAUUUUUUAGCUCAGCUGUCAAAAAGCAUUUUUUAGCUCAGCUGUCAAAAAGCAUUUUUUAGCUCAGCUAUCAAAAACAACCCAGGACAAGCAUUGUAUAAUGUUAAACAACAUAACCUUUCAUACCAAUGGCAUUUAAAAAAUGUUAUACAAAAUCAUAUAUUUUACUGAGGAUAUAACCAUAGAUAAAACAUACUCCCUUAGUAGAUUUGUCAUCCUCAUGGAACAGCUGAAGCCAGUUGUAUUGAUAGUUCUGUACGCCCAACUGUAGAGGUUGUGUUUUGUUUAUAAUUUGUUUCUUGUUAUUUCAGUCAUUUAAAACCUCAUUUGACCAAAUAAAACUAUAUAAUCAAAAACAAUAAAUGGUCUCCUUGUUAUAACCAAAUAGUAAAGCACAAAUCAUGAAAAUAACCCUAUAAUAAUAGAAACAAAAUUUUUCUACCCCAGCGAUCGUUGUGGACGUACAUGAACCAGACACGAAAAACAAGCUUCAAAAUUUACAAUGGGAUGAGGAGUCUACUUGUGUUGCUUAGUCUAUGAUAUAACCUAAGUAAAAUACUUACUGUAAAUGUUUGUUACACUACUAAUCAUGUUUGAGCUUCUGUUUUUCAAUAUAUUCAUAAUAACAUAAUGAUGUAUAUGUAAGUAAUUCACCAAUCUUGAAACAAGUUAAAGUACUAAAGCAAAGAAAUUAUGAUUGUUUAAAACCAAAAUGUCAAAUCUAGCUUACGAAUCGAUUCAUCAAAGAUGAUACUUGUACAUUAUUUUGUAUAACAGAAUAAAACAAUGCUUUGAGUCAUAUGAAGAACUCUUUUAUUUAUCAGAAUUACAUUUCUCGAACAAACCUACAGUUUUCUUUUCUGUUCUUUCUUAACAUUUGACUAAUUCUUAACUUGAGUCAAAAUUAUUAAAGCACAUUGUAAAAUGUAACCUAUUUAAAAUCAAAUUGAAUAUCAAUUCAUAUUUUUUACAUAACUGUCUUUUUUAAAUUUUUAUCUUCUAUUACAACAAUUCUUCAUGAAAUGUGCUUGAUUGAUAACAUGAAAUAAAAAAUGUGAUGUCUUUAAAGUAUCUUUUGAGAUGUUAUUAGUUUGAAUGUACUGUGUUACAAGUGAGCCAUUCACAAGCGAUAGCUUAAUUUGUUACUAUCUUUUAGUGAUCUAAACUUUUAUACAAGACAUUGAAAGGUGGAUUUUAUUUUUGUACAGUAUAGUUGUAAGCACACUGGAACAUCACAGGAUCAGUCGCUUUGGUAGCUCGGUUGUCACAAACAUUCCACCCACAAUCCACUGCGACUGGACCUACACACAAAACCUGUUAACAAUUGAAGAUUUUUAUAAAAAGACUUAAUUGGAGAUUUUUAAUAAAAAGACUUAAAUUUAUAUUUUGAGGUACCCUGAAUUUAAGUGCUGGUAAUGAACUAAUAAGGAAGCCACUGGUAAAAUGGAAUUCCUUUUUUUAAUAUUGUUAAGAUACUUUAGUUAGUUGUAGUUUGAGUUAUCAGAUUAGGUUUGUAAGGUAGAUUAGUGUCCAGAGUUUACGAAUGAAUGUUUAGGGCUCUUCCACUGAACAUGUAAAUCAUACUGAAUAAAUGACAUCAUCUUGUA